GCGCCUAGGGGCGGCAGACCCGGGCGCGCGCCACGGGGGUCGCUGUCAUGGCAACGCACCGGCUCCCGCACGGAGGGCGCGAAGCCGCAUUGUGAGCGCUGGCCCUGGAGCCCGCGGCCCCGCAGCUGAGAGCGAGCCUCGGUCCCGCUGAAGGUCCCCUAACUUCUGCCUGCUCCCUCUCCCGACGGGACGGAAAGGGCCGGGGCUCGGGCAUGGGGUCCCCUGCGGUCCGAGCCUGCCCACGGCGAAGCCGGUGCAGCCCGGCCCCGUGACCCCUCUGAAUCCCCGUCCGGACGUCGCCGUGCAGUUGUUAAGUUUCUGGGAAGAUUAGUGGGAGCGCAGCCGCCCGAGCCCGACGGCCGGAGGGUCGCGGCCAGUACCCCUCGCCGGGUCGCCGCGUCCUACAAGGUCCUUCCCGGCCGCUCCGUGGGAGGCGGGGCGCGGGUUGGAGUAACAGGGACGGGCGUGAGCUGGUACGGAAACGGGCAAGGUGAGAGAAGUGUCUUCCACGCGAUUCCCAAGCCUCGCUAGGGAAUCGAGGGAGAAGAAAGGUUGCUCAGUGAUAAAGAACAUGCCGUUGCAAACGGAAGAGCAACGUGCCCGAAUCUAGGUGACAGGAAGGGCUUAGGCCUUUUCGGCACGAAUGGAGCAUUCCAGUCAACAUGUUUCUAUGUGAUGCAGCUUUAUAGCGCAAAAAAAUGACAAUGCAAGGGGCACAAACAGCCCUGCUGGACCAACAGCCCGAGCCUCCGCAGUCUACAUCCGGCACCUUCAGGCCCCCAACCACACACUGCGAAGUGGAAAAAGUUCCCACUGCGGCUUGGCGGCUAACGCGGCGCUCUCAGGUGCUGCUGGAAAAGACCUUCGCGAGAGGGCGCAGGGAGUCCCGCCCCUUGGAGGGCCCGCCCUCUUGGAAGGGACCGGAAGCGCUCGUCCUGGCCCGGAAGCAGUGCUGACUCCGUACACGCGCGCUAAGGCAUGGCGGCACACCGCCCCGGCACGCUCAAGCAGCAGAAUAAAGCUCAUAAAGGCGGGCGGCAUCGGGGUCGGGGAUCUGCACAGCGGGACGGCAAGGGCCGUCUAGCACUGAAAACCCUAAGCAAGAAGGUGAGAAAAGAACUCAGUAGAGUCGACCAGAGGCAUCGCGCCAGCCAGCUCCGAAAGCAGAAGAAGGAGGCGGUUCUGGCAGAGAAGAGACAGCUGGGUGGCAAGGAUGGCCCUCCUCAUCAGGUACUGGUGGUGCCUCUGCACAGCAGAAUUUCCCUGCCAGAGGCCAUGCAGCUGCUUCAAGAUAGGGACACUGGAACAGUACACUUGAAUGAAUUGGGAAACACUCAGAGCUUUAUGCUGCUAUGCCCCCGCUUGAAACAUCGGUGGUUCUUCACAUCAGCAAGGCCAGGGGAUCUGCAUAUUGUGUUAGACAUGGCUAAAGUAGCUGAUACCAUCCUGUUCCUCCUUGAUCCACUAGAAGGUUGGGACAGCACCGGCGAUUACUGUCUUUCCUGCCUCUUUGCUCAGGGCCUUCCGACCUAUACACUAGCUGUCCAGGGGAUUUCUGGCCUCCCACUGAAGAAACAAAUAGAUGCCAGGAAGAAGCUAAGUAAAGCAGUGGAGAAGCGUUUUCCGCAUGACAAACUCCUCUUGUUAGACACUCAGCAGGAGGCAGGGAUGCUGCUUAGGCAGUUGGCUAACCAGAAGCAACAGCAUCUUGCUUUUCGAGAUCGGCGGGCCUACCUAUUUGCCCGUGCUGUUGAUUUUGUUGCUAGUGAAGAGAAUAACUUGGUGGGCACCUUGAAAAUUUCAGGCUAUGUUCGAGGGCAGACUCUGAAUGUCAAUAGGUUGCUGCAUAUCGUUGGACAUGGUGAUUUCCAGAUGAAACAGAUAGAUGCCCCCGGAGACCCUUUCCCUUUAAAUCCUAGAGGAAUUAAACCCCAAAAGGACCCAGAUAUGGCAAUGGAGAUUUGUGCUGCGGAUACUGUAGAUGAUAUGGAAGAAGGCCUUAAGGUCCUAAUGAAGGCAGACCCUGAUAGACAGGAAUCCUUGCAAGCAGAGGUUAUCCCAGAUCCAAUGGAGGGAGAGCAAACCUGGCCCACUGAGGAGGAGCUGAGCGAGGCAAAGGAUUUCUUGAAGGAAAGUUCUAAGGUGGUAAAGAAGGUCCCCAAAGGAACAUCCAGUUACCAAGCUGAAUGGAUUUUGGAUGGUGGCAGCCAAAGUGGUGGGGAAGGAGAUGAAUAUGAAUAUGAUGAUAUGGAACAUGAGGAUUUUAUGGAGGAAGAAUCUCAGGAUGAGAGUAGUGAAGAAGAAGAGGAAGAAUAUGAAACUAUGACUAUUGGGGAGUCUGUGCAUGAUGAUCUGUAUGAUAAGAAAAUAGAUGAAGAAGCUGAGGCAAAAAUGUUGGAGAAAUAUAAACAAGAAAGACUGGAAGAGAUGUUUCCAGAUGAAGUGGACACGCCCCGUGAUGUGGCUGCUAGAAUUCGAUUUCAGAAAUACAGAGGCCUUAAGAGCUUCCGGACAUCUCCAUGGGAUCCUAAGGAAAACCUUCCUCAAGAUUAUGCUCGGAUAUUUCAGUUUCAGAACUUUACUAAUACUAGGAAAAGCAUCUUUAAAGAGGUUGAAGAAAAAGAGGUUGAAGGAGCUGAGGUUGGCUGCUAUGUCACACUUCAUGUCUCUGAAGUCCCCGUCUCAGUGGUCGAGUGCUUCAGGCAAGGAACACCCUUGAUUGCGUUUUCUUUACUACCUCAUGAACAGAAGAUGUCAGUAUUGAAUAUGGUGGUGAGGCGUGACCCUGGCAACACUGAACCUGUGAAAGCCAAGGAAGAGCUCAUAUUCCACUGUGGAUUCAGGCGCUUCCGAGCCUCACCUUUAUUCUCUCAGCACACUGCAGCGGACAAACAUAAAUUGCAGAGAUUCCUGACUGCUGACAUGGCCCUGGUGGCGACAGUCUAUGCGCCAAUCACUUUUCCUCCUGCAUCUGUGCUGCUUUUCAAGCAGAAAAGCAAUGGAAUGCACAGCCUCAUUGCUACAGGCCAUCUUAUGUCAGUAGAUCCAGACAGAAUGGUCAUCAAGAGAGUUGUUCUGAGUGGUCAUCCUUUGAAAAUGUUUACUAAGAUGGCAGUAGUACGUUACAUGUUCUUCAACAGAGAGGAUGUGCUAUGGUUUAAACCAGUGGAACUGAGAACGAAGUGGGGCCGAAGAGGACAUAUCAAGGAGCCUUUAGGUACCCAUGGCCACAUGAAAUGCAGCUUUAAUGGGAAGCUAAAAUCUCAAGACACAGUACUGAUGAACCUGUAUAAACGAGUCUUCCCCAAAUGGACUUAUGAUCCAUACGUACCAGAACCAGUACCCUGGCUGAAAAGUGAGAUUUCUUCAACAGUGCCUCAAGGGGGCAUGGAGUAAUGGAUUCAAAGAGAUUCUGUCUCACCUGGAGUGCCAGUCAGUACUCCAGGGAUGGGAGGCACAAGUUGUGAUUGGGCAAAGUUUAUUUUCUAUGUCAGCCUGUCAGUCCGCUGCCCCAUUUUGCAAGACUUUUUUUUUAGCCUUGACAAAAUGUCUCAGUUAAGUAUAAAAGUUUUUCCACUACUUAGUCCAAAAAAAAUAUUAAAUCUCAAUGACAUA